CGAACCCCCUGCUGCGAGCCGUACCACCCUGUGCGCCGCUCCCCGCCGACUCGACACCUCUGCUCCACGACGACCGCUUCUGCGCCUCGCAUCCAUCCCGACCCUCCCUCUCUUCCUCCCUCCCAGCCAGCGCCAGCGCAAGCUGCCCGCUGCCUGUCUCGAUACACCCCGACCUCCCUCCUCCCGCACCCGCAUCCAGCCACGCCAGUCCCUCGACACGCCGGCGCCAUGGCGGGGAAGAUGACUCUCUACAAGCUGGUGGUCCUAGGCGACGGCGGCGUGGGCAAGACGGCCCUGACCAUCCAGCUCUGUCUGAACCACUUCGUUGAGACGUACGACCCAACCAUUGAGGACUCGUACCGCAAACAGGUCCAGAUUGACGGUCAGUCGUGCAUGCUCGAAGUGCUCGACACGGCCGGCCAGGAAGAGUACAUUGCCUUGCGCGACCAGUGGAUACGUGACGGCGAGGGUUUCGUCCUGGUCUACAGCAUAUCGUCACGCUCGUCAUUUGCUCGCAUUCAGCGCUUUCACAACCAGAUUCAACGCGUCAAGGAAUCCUCUCUGUCAGGCUCCCCGACCUAUCCCGGCUCCCCCCUGACUUCUUCGUCGCUCGGCUCUACGUUCGGCGCUGCGCCUGUCAUGCUAGUGGGAAACAAGUGCGAUCGCGUGACAGAACGUGAAGUAUCCACACAAGAGGGCAGUGCUCUGGCUAAAGAGUUGGGCUGCGAGUUUGUAGAAGCAUCCGCUAAGAAUUGCGUCAAUGUUGAAAAAGCCUUCUUCGACGUCGUGCGUCAGCUACGCAAGCAGCGACACCAGGGCUCAAGCCGUGACUCCAAGCCGCCGCGCGACCGCACUCAUGUCCGACCCGGCCCUACUCGCACCGCCAAUGGCGAAAAGGCUCGUGGCAGGGGACGCCCAGGGCCUCGCGACAAAAAAGGUCCCAAAUGCGUCAUUCUUUGAGUUCAAAUUCCUGGCGUGCCAGACUUGUGUGUUCUUCUGGAGUUUACGGCCUGUCCCUUGGCGGCGUAGUAUCGACUGCGCACGUCCUGAGCGUUCACCCAAUACUCAUUCCCUUUACCUUUACGA